CUCCAAUCAUCUGCUAGACGGACCAGAGCUGCACCCCCAACCACUCAGCUGGUUCUCCUUCCCCCAGCAGCUGACAUCAUCAGGAUUACAUCAGAGAGGUGAUUCCAGCCAUCCCAAUCACUCAAAAUGAAUCUUGAGCCUCACAAGACUGAGAUCAAGUCGGCCACCCGUGUCACUGGAGGCCCAGCCACCCCACGCAAGGGCCCACCCAAGUUCAAGCAGAGGCAGACCAGGCAGUUCAAGAGCAAGCCUCCUAAGAAGGGAAUCCAGGGCUUUGGUGAUGAUAUCCCCGGGAUGGAGGGUUUAGGAACAGACAUCACGGUCAUCUGCCCAUGGGAGGCCUUCAAUCACCUGGAGCUGCACGAGCUGGCUCAGUACGGCAUCAUCUGA